GGUGCUAGCCGGCACUUCCGGCGUGGCACGCCUCCACCGGUCGCCCGCCGAGCGGACGGAGCGCGGUCCCCGAGCCCAGCCCGCCUCCCAGCCCCUGCUGUGGGCGCGGCUGCACCAUGGAACGCCUCGAUAAAGCGGCGCUGAAUGCGCUGCAGCCGCCCGACUUCAGAAAUGAAAGUUCAUUAGCAUCUACCCUGAAGACGCUCCUGUUCUUCACAGCUUUAAUGAUCACUGUACCUAUUGGGUUAUAUUUCACGACUAAGUCUUAUGUUUUUGAAGGCGCCUUUGGGAUGUCCAAUAGGGACAGCUAUUUUUAUGCUGCUAUUGUUGCGGUGGUCGCCGUCCACGUGGUGUUGGCCCUCUUUGUUUAUGUGGCCUGGAAUGAAGGCUCACGACAGUGGCGUGAAGGCAAACAGGAUUAAGUUGAACAUCACCUUUUGAUAGCAUUAAAUUGAUUUUUAAAAAUGGCUUACUUCUCUGGAUAUGUGAAGAUGCACACAGUGAAGGAAAGAAAUCUAAACUAUUUUUUGCUGAAACACUCUUCCUUACUAUCACAAAAGUCCUGGUUUGUUGGAUUUUAGGUUGUAAAUUCCUGUGCAAAAUUGCUUGAAUUGUGGAUUUUGGACUUCAUCUGAAUGUCACUGAGAAAUUUUGCGUAAAGUGUAAUCCCUAGUCCAUAGGAAUCUUUCAUUACAUUAUUUCAUGGGAAGACUAGGCCAAAUCACACCUAUUCAUGUCGAGGGACUGGUUUAUUGAAGUAUCUUAGGUAGCAAAGCAAAGAGAUAGCUACCUGGGCACUCAGCUUUUGCAGGCUACCCUGUGCUUUUAGGCUAACUUUUUAAUGAUCUGCUGUGCUCUAUCAUUCAGCAAUGAAGUUAUGCUUUAAUCACAGGGUUUUUGUCAGCUCCCUUUCAAUUUAUUUUCCCGCCUUUUUAAUAAUGUCUGUGAUAGGAAUUUACAAUUGAAUGUGUCCAUUUUCACAUAUGUAGGAAGCAUAAACAAUCCUGAAAGAUUAUUUUGAUCAUCCAGUAAGUAUUCUUGGGAUUGCUAGUCAAGUCUUUUUUUAAUCAAAGCUGUUACAUCCCAGAUAUCUAUAGUUACAUCCUCUUGAGGUCCUGUCUGAUAGAAAAAGACCCCAUGGAUUUACUUCAGCAUCCUUAGUCUGUUCUUUCCAGCUACUUGAUACUACUUGUAUGUAGUCUAAAAACACAGUUGGAAAAAUGUGUAUUGAAACAGGAAGAGAAUUUAAAUUCCCUGUGUUGUUGCCACCUGGAGAUAAGCACUAUUUUGUUUGACAUCCCAUGUGCAUUUCCUAAUGCUAGUUCAAUACACCAAACGUUUGGUUUUAGUUCAAAUUCUGCCUUUGUUACCUCACGGCUAUUUGCAUUUUUUUUCCCCGGAUGAGUGCUUUCUGGCCAAUUUCUUGAAAAAGCACAUUCUACCUUUACUUUUCUUACUAGAUAGAUAUCUCAUUGUUCCAAUUUCCUGUUACUGGUAAUUCUUAAUACAGCGGCCCUGGCUAUUUUAGCCAUUACUGAUUUGUUUGUUCACCUUUUUUUGUUGUGCAACUGGACUAAAGGAAGAGGGAGAUGGUUAGGCAUAAAGGCUAAGUAGGCUUUUGUGUUUAAUUUUUGAGAAAAAGUGAAAGAUGAUUAUUGUAGGACUAUUUAUUUUUGCUUAUGGUUGAAUAUUGUCUACAGUUUAAAUGUCUUUAAGCAGUUACUCUAAAUGUAAAGUGUUUUCUUAAAGACUACAGUUUGAGUAUAAAAUUGAACAAAUUUAAUAUAAAAUUGUAGAAGACCCUUGUUUGAGUCUGGGAUACUAUGUGGUGAAUUUCUAAAUGGUCAUCCCUUUAGAUGCCUUGUCAUACUUAGAAUUGUUCUCCACCUAAUUGCUUUUCUGUAAUGCCAAGGUUUUGUACUUUUCGGAUCUCAUGCCGUUUGUAAAAUAUGAAUGUCCAACGGUAGAUUAUUUUGUUUGAUUUCAGACGUUUGCUGAAUAGAAAAUAUUAUGGGUUGGGUGUUUUUCUGCAAGUAAACGGAGAUUCAUGCAAAAGCAGUUGUAAUUUCCUCUUGGAAAAAGUCUCAAGUGUUUGAAAGUUAGAAUUGGAUGCUACGGUUGAUAUUUAGGAUUGUUAUAAUAUAGGGCUUGUCUUCAAACCAGUUCAUUUUUCCUGGAGUUUUAACUGUUAACACACUAUUCUGCUACUCUUGAGAUGAUGUACGGUAUUUGACAUUUAGAUUUAUUUUUCAAGAUGUCUCACUGAUUUCCUUGUGCUCAAUGUACGUACUUCAGGAUGUAUAGAAAGGAACUUACAAUUGAGCCCUUAUACGUGUUCUAAGCUAGGAAUAUGUUCACUGUUGUUUGAAAAUGGAUUGCAAGAAUAACCUCAGUUAGGAAGCGUGACUUGAAGUGUCAGCACAGGCUACUGAUAAAGACACUACCUUCCUCACCUUGCCUCCUAUUUUGCCCCCCAGAAUAUAAUUUUUUCUUCCCCAUUGUGCUAGAAAGUUAAAUGUGUUAUAGAAUGCAUAUGAUAUCAUUAUCUCUUCAAGUGGAUAAUGUUUUACGUGUAACAGCAGAAUUCAACUUUGAGUUGUUACUGAAGGAGCCUAAAUAUCUUUAAAACAGGAUGGAAAUCGAACAUAUACAUUAUAAUAAUUCGACUAUUUUCAUCAGAAAAAUCUCAUCCCCUUUGUCAAAAGAGGCAACUGAUUGCCUUGAUAUUUAUCUGCCGUUUUCAGAUAAAUUUUAUAAAUACAGCUAGAGCACCCAAGGAGACCAGUAAAAACAGUUAAAUAAGGUGUAGCCAGGCAAAGAUGCUGGCCAAAGGUACAUGAAAUGCAGGAUUUAAAUAUCUAGCGUGUAUUUCUCAUCUCUAGACAAGUUCGUGUUUAUUGUUUUAUUUAUGAUCAAGUUGUAGACCAUUGUUGGGUCCACUUUAUAAAUGGUUCAACAGUGGCACAGAAUUUGUCACUUGUCUGAGGUCAGCAGCAGAUUUUCUCUGCAGUCAAGCGAUCUGUGUCCUCCAACAGACUAGUACAACUUUAAUUAGUUCAGACUACUCUUACAUGUAAGAUAAGUUUUGCAAGAGCUGGGCUGAAGCAACACGAUGAUAACUUGGCAAGAUUUCCUUUUUCUUUUUGCAGAAGGGAAAGGGUCACCUGAGAAAAUAAAUUAUUUUCAGGGACUUCGGGAAUCUAACCAUAACUAUUACAUGUAAUUUAUGAAUAGUUGGAUCCUUUAUCUAUUGAUGAAAAUAGUCUGGGAUUCCUCAACUACCAUUGCUCCUGGCCACACUUUCUUUCCUGUUUCUUGACUACACGUACUUGAGAGUAGUAUCUGCAUUCCUUUUAAGGUGUUCUAUCAGCCAUAUUUGUCAAUUACACGGACUAGUCUUCCUUUUUCUCAAGUUCAGUGAAAUCUCACUGAACAGUAAUAAUAGCAAUAGCUAACAACAUCUGCACAGCACCUUACAGUUUGCAAAGAACGUUCACAUAUUCUUGUUUGAGUUUUGCAUAGUGAACCUGUUACGAGAUGUCUCCAGACAUCCUUGCUGAAGAUGUUAGAAUCUUCAACUCAGUAGAGUCAUUGAGUAUGCUGUAGUCUUUGAAUAGUGCCCUGACUAGGGGCAGGGUUUAGAUGCGCUAUUUUGAAAGCUGUGUGUAAUUAUCAAAAAGGGGGGCUUGAGUUCUUUAGCCACUUGAAUCAGAUUUACUUUUGUAAGUGAUACUUUUCUAACUGUUACCCGGAUGGAUUUUGUAUCCGUUAUAUUCUAGCCUGUAAUUUGUAUGAAUUUACCAUCUGUUGUCAUUAAAAAAGUGUUCAUAAUGCCA